GUUAUUUUACAAACAGAAGCUGAAAUAAAGCAAGGGAAAUCACCUUCCAGGCUUGAUACCUUUAUAAACUUGGAAGAGGACAGAGACUACUAUAAAAGCGAGACUGAGAAUUUCCUCAAGGUAUUUAGAAACGCAUUUUCAAGUCCUAAGCGAACCUCUACUUUGAGUUCUGAUCCAGAAGUUUUGAAAAUAUUGAGACAAUGUGAAGAACUUAAGUCAACACUGAAAAAAUAUGAGCGCCAUGUGGCAGAAAUUCAGGGUAACUUCAAAGUUUUAACAGCUGAGAGAGACAAAAUUGACAAUCUUUAUAAACAGGCACAGGAAGAGAUUUCCCGACUUCGUCAGGAAGUUAUCAAAUGCCCCAGGACUCCUAAAAGCACUGUGACAGCUCAAGCUAUGUUAAGACGUGUGGAGAUAGAAAGGGAUACAGCACUGUCAGAUUUCCGAAGGAUGACUACAGAACGUGAUAGCCUCAGGGAGCAGUUAAAGAUUUCCCAAGAAACUGCAUUUAAUGAAAAGGCUCAUUUGCAACAGAGAAUUGAAGAGCUAGAAACUACUAUUCAAAAUUUAGGUAGUGAACGGCUAGACCAGAAGUCCAAAGUGGCACUAAUGAAAGACACCAUUGAUUCUCUGGAAACUGAGAUGAAAAGAUUGGCAAGAAGAGCACUGGACUCUGAAACUGAGCUGAGCCGACAGGAAGCUGAAUAUGUUUCACUUAGUUUAUUGAAUGAAAAGACAGAAGAGAGACUUUCAGAGACUCAGCAAAGCCUUGUUAAGAAAAAAUACGAAAUGCAACUUACCCAAGAGAAAAUUAUGCUGUUGAAUGAAAAAAUUGGUAACUUUUCAAGACAAAGUCUUGUACAACAAGAGGAGAUCUGUGCUUUGAAAGAAACAAUUGCACAACUUGAUAAAGAAAAAGCAACUUUGCAAGACUGUGUGGAAGAAGGAAGAGAGAAGAUUGCUACUUUUGAGGAAAGUCUGGCAGUUAAAGAGAAAAUAAUUUCAGAUUUCAAGAUUCUGAUUUCUGAGUUGGAGCAUUCCACAAAAAAAUCUGCUGAAGCACUCUGUAUCUGUGAGAAAGAUAUCACCAGUUUGCAUCAACAGCUUCAAGAAACCAACAAACAACUUGCACAGACUAACAAGAACAGAGACUCAUUAGCUCAGGAGAAUGACAGGUUACAAGAUCAUCUUUCUAAUAUUAAACAAGAAAAUCAGGUACUACAUAAAAAACUAGCAAAGUACCAAAAUGAGUUUGAUGAUAUGAUGUUGAAAGCCCAGCAUUCAAACACAGAUAUUGUCAGGCUGCAGGAUGUACUGAAGUCUAAAGAGAGAGAGAACUGUGAGCUUUUGGAGAAUUACCACAAAGCCCGUGAACAAGGAGAAAGUUGGGAAGCAAAAUGCCAUCAAGCAGAAGCAGAUGGUAGCUCUGUUAGACUGACACUGAUCAGUGCAGAGUCUGAGAACCGCAGACUGAAAGAGAAAAUGGAGACCCUUGAAACAGAGGUGGAGCAACAUUUAACAACCGAAGCAGCAUACAAGUCUCAGAUUUCUGCCUUAAGCAAGUCUCUCGUGAAAAUGGAAGGAGAGCUUCAAAACAUACAUCGGGAGAGAGUCUCUAUACUUGCAAAUCUCACAUCUGUACAAGAACUUUUCAUUAAACUAGAUGCUGACAAAGAACAAUUAAAUCAGCAGUCAAGUUCCACAGCAGCGAAAGUAGAAAGGCUGCAGAGCAAGUGUGAGUCAUCCCAUUCUGAAAUAGAGCUGCUGAGAAAACAACUGGAAAAUGAAAGAGCAUCUAUGAAAAACCUGGAAUCUUUGCUUGUGUCCCAUCGUGAGAAAGAAUUUCAGUCACAGAUAGCCAAGCAAGAAAAAGACUCUGAAAUUCAGUUUCUCAAGGAACAGCUUUCUUUAGCAGAAAAUAAACUUGCUGUGCAGAGUCGAGAUUUUACUCAGCUCAGAAACAGAGCAGCUCAGCUAGAGUCAGAACUGGAUAUCACCAAAAGACAGCUGGGGACUGAGCGUUUUGAAAG